CAAAUGACAAUGACUGAAUCUGACUGAUUUUUCGACAGUACAAAACAGUAUAAAUGUGCACUAGCAUAUAGAAUGUCGUUAUUAGAUGCGUACAUAUCAAUCAUGUUAUAUUAAUGGCUUUAAUAAAUCAUUUAAAAUUUAUUGGCUUUUUAAAACUUUUAUAUACAUAGGGCUUUCCUUUAGUCUAUUGGUUACUGUAUGUGUCUCUCAGUGAUGGCGAUCCCGCACGAUGAUGUCACUGUCGUCUUGCGCCAUUUUAGGUAGAAUAAAGAAAUAGUACAGACGGCGGACGCGUUUUAGCUCACGACAAGGGCAGAAAGGUACCAUCUUUGUAGAAGUAGAAUUAGGGGUACAGGUUUAUCCAGUUAGAACAUGUCCUUGGAAAACCAGGAGUCUGAGGCUCAGCUGGAGUCCGAAGAGGAAAAACAGGAUUCCCAGGAAAAGAACUCCAACCCAGUGAAAGCAGAGGAGGCCAAGCUAAAAGCCAAGUACCCCAACCUGGGGCAGAAGCCGGGGGGGUCUGACUUCUUGAUGAAGAGACUACAAAAGGGUCAAAAGUACUUCGACUCGGGCGACUACAACAUGGCCAAGGCGAAGAUGAAGAACAAGCAGCUGCCCGCCACUGGGCCAGACAAAAACUUGGUGACAGGGGAUCACAUUCCCACACCGCAAGACCUGCCCCAGAGGAAAUCGUCACUGGUGACCAGCAAGCUGGCAGGCUAGCACAUCACACACGUCUCUUCUGUCAGGCUGCUCUUGCUGCGAUCAUCUGGAAAAGUCAGUACAUUUGAUUUUGGGGUGGGAGGAGGCUUUAGGAAACCUUUUCCCCAUGCAUACAGUGCAGUCUAACAUCCUUUGCUUUGCAACGUUACUUCCAUCUGUUUGGAAAGGCUUGAAACAUCAAAAGAAAUGGAGUAGAGUCCAAAUAAAUAGACCUUGUUUUUUCCCCCUACACAUCUGUAUUAGGAAUGAUCAAAAUGUGUUACUGAAGUCUUGUUGUAAGGGCAUUGAUGCUUUUAAAAUAGUACUCGUACAUGAACACGUAAACAUAUCAAUGUAAACCCAGAUAAGUUCAAGUGGAACAGCUGCAGUCAGCAGAAAUACAAAGUCAUGUUGCUUUGUGAAUCAAGUUCACUGCUGCCAAAAUUGCAAAUUAUUGAUGAGAUGUAUACUCCCUAAAGAGAGAUUUCACAAGACGUGGAGAUGCUUUUUCAAGCUUCUACAUGUUGUCAAAUACAUGUGCUGCCUUGUAUGUAUAUCUGCCUUCCUCCUAUGUGAGAGAAAUCUGUAACUUUACUCGAACUUGGAUCAGGACUUGAAUCCUUCUUAGCACACAUUUAAUAUUUGAUUGCGUACCUGUUUCAGUUAUUUCCUUCAAAACUGAUGAAUGUGGCAAGCAGCAACAACAUAUUAGCUUAGGUUAGGUAGAUUAUUUCUGAAUGCUACUGUGUAAAUCUCAUUAAAUGGGAACUAAUUCUAGGGUAUGGUGGGGUAAUUAGCUACCUAAAUAUUGUGACCAAGUGUGGCUGAAGCAAAGGGUAUAUAACCAAAGAUGGCGUUUCAGAUUUUAUUUAGUCUCAUUUCAAUAAAAUAUUCAAAACAGCAGCUGCAACAUUAAUAAUUGAUGGGAGACCUAAUUGUAUCAGAAUAAGUGCCCUAUAUGUUGCUAUAUAUUUUAUGUAUCAUGCACAGAAAUGGGGCAGUUAAGUCAGUAUAAUGUCCCACUAUAUCUAGGAACGUUCUGUGUUUUUAAUGCAAGCUACACACAAAAGACUUAAGAUUAAAGAUGUCUGGAAUAAUUGAAACGCCUCAGAUAAUUACACUAUGUCAUUAUCAUGGGUUGUGUCGCUUUUGCGUUGGCGCCAGAUUAGAGCGAGUUUUAACGUUAGUUACAUUUUGUACAAGCAUUUAUUUUGAAGACUGAAUGAAAGAAGGGAUUGUAGAAAAUAGUUGGUUUUGUUUAGGAAGGGCGAGGUGGUUCAGCGGCUGUUCAGGUGGUACCAUGCACAGGAGUUCCAUGUCAGUUCACUGUCCAAUUUGCAGAUUCUUCUUACAUGUCUGUGUAAUUCUUCUGAGAACUCAGACCUCCUCUCACUAUCUACAGACAUGCUGUUUAGAUGAACCGAUAACUCUAAAUUACAAUUGAGUUAGAGAAUGUAUGUGUGUGCCCUGUGAUGGGUUAGUUCCCUGACCAGGGUAUACACUGCCUUGCACCCCAUUCAUUAAGGCACAACUCUGGUUGUAAAAGCAGUUACAGGAAAUGGAUUGUAUGACAAAAGGGCGUAUGACGUAUUUGUAUUGGAAGCCAAGGAUGCUAGAGAUUUUGCAUACAAGCACUUUUAUGAUGAAUGUAUUUUGCACUUCUAGUUGUUUCAGGUACAAUCAGGUUCAGGUUCAGUUAUCAAAAGGCAAAGCAUUUCUGAGUUUGGGUAUGUCUGUCCACAGAGGGAACACGGGAACACAGAGAUGUUAAUGUUAGGAGCAUUUAGCAUUUUUAAGGAACAUGUUCUCCUUUAACACCUAAUACAAAACUGAAUCAGAUGAAGGGUUUGAUUCUGUCAUAUUUCACUUUAAUAUCCAAGUUAAGCAUUUAACAGCUUUAAUCAAUACAUGGUUGGCCUUGUAUAGGUUUACUCAUUGGGGGUUUGAGUUUUUUUUUUGGGGGGGGGGGUGCUGGUCCAAGGGCUUGAAAAUCACAAUCAAUCCCUUUUAUUUACCAUUAUUUAGUUCAGUAUAUAAUCCCACAAUGCCUUCCAAAACUUUAUACUCAUCUGAGCCAAAAACCUAAGCCCGAGCUGAACAAAUCUUUAUUUAAAAAAAAAAAAAAAGCCUUUACACUACAUUCAUUAUUUGUUUAUAACCGUAGACUUAUCUGCAGGGUGGGCUUUUAGCAAUCUUAUUUACAUAUUCCUGGGAGACUUAAGAGGGCAAAGCAUUUGCAUGCAUUUUGCAUUAUCAUUAAGUUUUCCAAAGGAUCUAAUUUUCUGUGAGUUCAGUUUUUGUGAAAAUCACAUUGAAAUGCACUGUGUUUCAGAAAUGGAGAAUGUCAACUAUUUGAUCUAGAUUACAGGCUAAAAAGUUUUAUCAGGUGGGACUAGAAACGAGGUGAACUAGCUGUAGAAUAGCCUAUAAUUAUUUUACCAAUUCAUUAAGUCAUGUUAAUGAUUUUGUUGGUGAUGAUUAUAAAGGCUUUGCUUAUUUUGAAUAUUUGUCAUCUCAGUUUAUUUGGUGCUGCAGGACCAACAAUAGGAGUUAAGUGAUUUAAGUGUUGGUGGUGAGAAAUUCUCAUAAAUUGACAUUAAAAACAAUUACAAUGAGAAAAUGUGUGUAUGCACGCGUGUGCACGCUUAUGCAAGUUUGUUAGUACAUAUUUUUAGUUCUCAGGGUGAGAAAACAAUCUUUAUUUUGUACAGUGUCACAGGAUGUUAGUAUCAUGCUGUAAAUAGAAAUCCCAGUUUGGUUUUGUAUUGGUUUGUUUCCAUAUGAUAGCUAUAAAUCCUCUAUAAACAUUACACCCUUGUAAUUGUAUCUUAUCCCUUAAUAUUUCUAUUAUUUCCUGCAUUGCUUGUUUUUAUGUUUUGUUGCACCCAUUUUUCUUGCUAUAGUAGCAUGUCAUGCUGUAAGAAACUCUCCUGUUCUCUCAUGCAUAUUUAUAUAUAUACAUACAUGCACAGCAUUGCAAAUCACGUCUGUGUACGUUACCCUGCUGCUGAUUAACGUCUUUACAUUUAAACACUCCUUCACAGAGCAUCUGUAUAAAUGCUAGAUUUAUAAUUUAGGCUUCAAUCGACACAAGUGGUACCCAUCCUUCUUGCUUAUACAGGGUUUUUUUUUUUUUUUAAGAAUGAUAUGGUGAAAAGCUUUAAAAACAGGCAUUCUGGGUGAGUCUAUUCAUGUCUAAGUCCUUUUAAAGCUAGCAAUUACAAAUGACUAAAAAUGAUUGUUCUUAGUGUGGACUCACUGAUAUUUUUAGUCAUUUCUUUUUCAUUGUAACAUGCAAGAUUCCCCAUAUAGAAUAAACUAAAAAAAAAUAGACACAUAUGAAGCAGUAUCCCCAAAGACAAAUGAAAUUAUGACAUCAUUUAGUGGCAGUAAAUAAUUGUUUUUUUUCUUCAGUUAUUGAUCCUGGAACAGAAAUGUAACACAAUUACCCUUUUCAGAAAUUUGUAUUAUCUGAUAUUUUUAUAACCGAUGGAUCUUUGGAUUGUAACAACAAUCCAAAAAUAUGGAAGCUAUGAUAAAUCUGGUGGGUGAUAUCACAUUUUCUGCAAAAAGAAUGACACUGUUUACUUCAUUCUUAGGACUAAUUAAUAUAAGACUGAAAAAAGUCAGUUGGCAAUUGAUCUUGACAAAUUAGAAGCUGUCUGAAUGUUAUGAGGUAAAAACAAAGUGCUAUGAUCUGUGAGUACUAAUGGCAUGUGAUUACUUUGAUUAGUGGUAUAUUUUUCUCUGUUUGCAAAGAGGUUUUAGGAUAUGUUAUGCUGCGAAAGACUCUUCAGGACCACUGUGUAGCUUUUUUUGUAAAGUGUUUGCAUUGGAAUUUACAAGACAUCAUAAUAUAACAACAACCAUGUAGUCUUGAAUCCCCCUCCUCGACCAGAGUCUAUUUCUGACGAGGCUGUUUUUUUUUAUAUAUUUCAUUUCUUGGCAACACUAAUGUCACCCUUUGAACAGGGGAGCAUUUUGCUAUUAUGUCUGUAUCCCCCACAACGUAACAGUUAACAGUUUCAAUUUAUGAAUCAAACACUGAGAUAAAUUCGAAAAUGAACAAUUGCAUUUCAGUUAAAUCUGUAUAAAUGUACAAAAGAUUGUUUUAGUGGUGUGUGAAAAGUGCUGAAAUUUUUGUCAGUAUUUGAAAUAAAAUUUUACAUAAAUUGGA